CUGUCUCUGUCGCUCUGCCACAGUGUGUUACAGAACUGCAACAAAUCCACGCCGUUUUGGAGAUGCACAUCUUGUGGAUUGUCAUCUAUUGUCCUCUAGGUGUACACAGCUGAGACAGACUUACUAAAAAAGACAAAACAGAAGAAACUAAGUGGAAAUUGGUUUUAAUAUAUGCACUGACAAAGAAGGGGAUUUGUUUGUUUCUUGGUCAUACAUCCACUGGACUCCAAAAGCUACCUGAGGAAGUAUACAGCGAGAAAGUGUUUACUCUUUUAGGAUGUGUUCUCUCUGCUGUACUUCACAUUUUCCCUGGCCACCCUUUCACUGGGAUGUGGUGAGGAUUAAUGGUUCAUACAGGCUUUUCCCCUAAACAUCUGCUGACUCUGGAAACCUGGCAUCAUGCCAGUGAUGAAGGGGCUGCUGGCACCCCAGAACACCUUCCUGGACACCAUUGCAACUCGUUUCGAUGGCACUCACAGCAACUUCCUCCUUGGGAAUGCUCAGGGUCACCGAGGCUAUCCCAUCGUGUACUGUUCCGAUGGAUUUUGUGAGUUGACGGGGUUUGGGCGAACAGAGGUGAUGCAGAAGAACUGCAGCUGUCAUUUCCUAUAUGGCUCGGGCACUAGUGAGCAGGUUACUCAGAGCGUGGAGAAAGCAUUGGAGAGCAAGGAAGAGUACCAGGCUGAGGUGCAGUUCUACAAGAAGAAUGGAAGUUCAUUCUGGUGUCUGCUGGAUAUCGUGCCCAUUAAGAAUGAAAAAGGGGAGAUGGUGCUUUUUCUCUUUUCAUUCAAGGACAUCUCAGAAACAAAAGACAAGAGCCAUCACAGCAGCAGAACUGAUGAUAAUAAGCCAUACAAAAGGACCACUGGGAAUUCUCAUUUCAGUAAAGCCAGAAGGAGGGGUCACACCAUGAUUUACCAACUAACCAGCCAGUUUACCCGUGACGGCAAAAAUGAUGUCAACAUAAGCCGGGACAUGUUUGAAAAACCAUCCCUGCCUGAGUACAAAGUGGCAGCAAUCCAGAAGUCUCGAUUCAUCCUGCUGCAUUAUAGUGUGUCCAAAGCAUUGUGGGAUUGGAUGAUUCUGCUGGCUACAUUCUAUGUUGCUGUGACUGUGCCGUACAAUGUGUGUUUCACGGCGUACAGCGAUGUGGAGACUGCAGGCAGGAGCACAAUAGUUAGCGAUAUCGCAGUUGAAAUGCUUUUUAUUCUGGACAUCAUCCUUAACUUUCGCACCACGUACGUGAGUCAAUCAGGGCAAGUGGUGUACGAGUCUCGCUCUAUCUGUCUACAUUACGCUACUACUUGGUUCUUCGUGGAUCUGGUGGCUGCGCUGCCCUUUGACCUGCUCUAUGCAUUUAACAUUACUGUUACAUCUCUAGUGCACCUGCUGAAAACUGUGCGAUUGUUGCGUCUGUUAAGACUGCUGCAGAAGUUGGACAGAUACUCACAGUACAGCGCCAUGGUACUAACGCUGCUCAUGUCGAUGUUUGCUCUGCUGGCUCACUGGAUGGCCUGCAUCUGGUACAUCAUCGGGCGCAAAGAGAUGGAGACCAAUUCCAAUAGAGCCUGGGAUAUUGGCUGGCUACAUGAGUUGGGCAGGCGUUUGGACAAGCCCUAUCUGAACAGUACAGCUGGUGGUCCUUCGGUUCGCAGUGCCUACAUCGCCUCUCUGUAUUUCACCUUAAGCAGUUUGACCAGCGUAGGCUUUGGCAACGUUUGUGCCAACACUGAUGCUGAGAAAAUUUUCUCUGUUUGCACUAUGCUCAUUGGGGCUCUCAUGCAUGCUGUGGUGUUUGGGAAUGUAACAGCCAUCAUCCAGCGCAUGUACUCACGUCGCUCACUAUAUCACACGCGUAUGAAAGAUCUGAAGGACUUCAUUCGUGUUCACCGGCUGCCACAGCAGCUGAAACAAAGCAUGCUGGAAUAUUUCCAGACCACCUGGUCUGUGAAUAAUGGCAUUGAUGUCAAUGAGCUUUUACACGAUUUUCCUGACGAGUUGCGUGCCGAUAUAGCCAUGCACUUAAACAAAGACAUCCUGCAGCUGCCUGUGUUUGAUGGUGCUAGUAGGGGUUGUCUGCGCUCACUCUCCCUCCAUAUCAAAACCACUUUCUGUACACCGGGAGAAUAUCUCAUUAGACAGGGGGACGCGUUGCAGGCCAACUACUUUGUCUGUUCUGGGUCACUGGAGGUUCUAAAGGACAACAUGGUCUUGGCUAUUCUUGGAAAAGGAGAUCUAAUUGGCUCAGACCUGCCAGGCCAGUAUCACGUGAUCAAAACGAAUGCAGAUGUGAAGGCACUGACUUAUUGCGACUUGCAGUACAUCAGCAUGAAAGGUUUAAGUGAUGUUCUUGAACUAUAUCCCGAGUAUGCCAGCAUCUUCACUACUGACAUUCAUCGAAACCUCACAUACAAUCUGAGAGAGGGCAGUGAGACUGAGCAGAACUACCCAGACUCCACUGCAUCAACUGAGAAUAAGCGGCCCUCUAUUGUAGAAAAGGCUGAUGAUCCAGACAAGUACUUCCAUGUCCCACCUGUUUCCAGUACAUGCCGAAACCUUCUUCUCCCCAAUAUAGGCAGCCCAGUACGACGGACAUCAUUAGGGAAUCUUUUAGGGGAGGAGUUACUGCAAUUUAAUGCCCUGCGACAUUGUCGUUCACCCGUCAGGGGUUGGAGUCCAAACCCCUCCCCCAAACAACAGACCAAAGUACAGAAGCAAACCCUCCCACCCACUUCUUCACCCAAACCCACCCAUAGGACACAGACAGAUCCUGGAGGUACAGGACGCAAACCUGCCAAACUGCUCAUCCCUACUCUCAACUGCUUUGGACCACCAGAUCUAAGUCCAAGAGUUGUAGAUGGAAUUGAGGACAACGGACAUGUUUUUCAUUUUAAUGUAGAGGACACCACUGUCAAAACUAGUACAGUUACAUCACUGGGCAGUAAGACACUGAAUGGGUCUGGUCAGGUGAAUGCAUCACUGCUUCAUGAGACAAAGGAAGUGAGAGAGACCAUUGCCCAACUUAACACGAAGAUGGGCAACCUGAAACAGGAAGUGUCAAUUCUAACAAAGGAUCUGCAUCACAUAAUGCACCUUCUACAAGCACAGAUUGCCGUUCGUCAUUACACAGCACCUUUGUCCUCCUGUCCCUAUGGAGUACACAUGAUGUCCAGUUCGUCUGUCAGUAUGUCUCCAGCCUACAUCUUGGGUUCCAGCAUCCACAUGCAGCACAAAGACCACGUUGUCCCUGAGGGUCUACUGGGGUCCACAUCUUGGAGUCAUGGCAGACCUAGUGGUGGAUCUGGUUUCGCUCAGCACACUGAGAAAGAGGGACACUUUCACCAGCAUGAGCCUAAUCAACACUCUCCAGUCACAGCAAAGGAGCCCUGUUCCCAUGACUGGAGUUCCAUCUACACCUCAGUUCCAUCUAAUAUCAGUCACCAACCCUUCUCUACUGGCUCCUCUCUCCUUAGCAUCAGCACAGGAACCCAAGGGCCAACACCUGGAGAGAACCCCCAAGCAGAGGGCUCAUCACUGGGCAUUUGUGCUGGAGAUGGAGCCCAUGCCAGUGUCAGCCAGUCACAUCCCAUUUUACAUACAUUGUGUCCUCAAAAAUUGGAGAGUUCAUCUUUUUCUUGCAAUGUCACACCAAGCUCUUAUUCACACCUACACCCUUCCACAGAACCAGCGUUUUCCUACUCCACUCCAACCGUGGAAGAGCACAGGACUCCAGAGUUAGUCCUAAAUCAGAAUGUGGUAUCUUCCACUUUGCUACAAGAGAAUUCUUCACCUUCUCCAAAGUUAUCAGGCAUAGUUCACUCUUCUCUUGAGGAGUCACCUGAAGUAGAGCACACCAGUCGGGAGUACCUACUGGGUAAUCAAAGGCUGGGCCAAGAUAGUGAGACAUCAGAGAGCAGGUCUAGUGGGUCAAGUGUAGGACUUUGCAGCCAAUCCGAGAGCUCAGAGACCACAUGGUGCCUGGAUCUGAUGGACUGACACUAAGGAAAGACCAUAAUCAAGAUAUCUGCAACCAACAUUUUUAUUUGAAUUUUAACACCAUUUUCUUUUUAUUAUGAGUUUCAUAAAUUCAUAAGUAUGAAGAGAAAAAGCUGCUCAGCAAUUAAUCAUCUGGACCAUCACCAGAUCCAUUUUUCACCAGCAGGGUGUCUUUGUUGGUGGCAGAGCCAGUGCCUGAUCUGGAAUCUUUUCCUGUUCCACCACAAAAAUGGCAGUAAUGGUGUGGAAGAAACUGGCACCACACCAACUUCUAAAACCUGCUAGUCUUAAACAAGAAAUCACAAAAAGUUAGGAGCCAGGGCCUGGAUGUGCUUACCAAGUAAUUUUUUUUAAACUCUCACACAUACACAAGUGCAGACUCCCACAGCACUAGACCAGACUAAACUAAGAACACACUAAACUAUUUUUAUCAGGAAAGCUAUUAUCAGUUUGCAUAUAUUUACUGUAAUUUUCUGGCACAUGCACUGAAUUUGCUGUACACACGACCAACUGCUUUUCUUUCUUUUUUUUGUUAGAGGAAUAAUUUGCUCAAAAAGGGAAAUUGUAUCAUUAUUUACUCACUCUCUUGUUUUUCUGAACCCUUAAGACUUUUGCAUAUCAAAGUUGAAAAUAUUUGUAAUAUUCUUUUCUGAUUUUUGUCAAUUCAUUAAAGGUUGAGGCAAACAUUUUUAAGCUUCAAAAAAAUUCAGAAAGACACUGAACCCUGAACACAGUUCACAAGAUUAGAGUGGUUUAUCCACAUCUUCUGAAGACACACAAUAUGCUCACAGCUGCUGAAAUAUUUGUACCUGGAUUGGCAUAAAGUCACCCAACUGAAAUGUGAAAGGCUGGCGAAGACCAAGAUACAUUAAAGCACUGAGUGAAAAUCAGGGUUAUUCCACCAAAUACUGAUUUGUCAACUUCCUAAGUUGUGUUCAACUUAUUUGAGAUCUGAAAUCACUGCAUCUUUUUUGGAGAAAUGAUGUCAGUAGUUUAUAGAACAAAACUAAAAUGUUCAUUACUCUUACACAUACAAAUAGUAAAACCAGAGAAGCUGAUCAUCAGUAAGUCAUCAUCGCUUAAUUUUUUUGCAGAGCUAUAAAGCAAAUAAUAAUAAACAGAAACUCAAGUUCAACAUUUUGGUAACACUUUAGUUAAACUCAGUUAUUGCAUUAACUUUAACAUUAAAUUUUUUUGCAUGAUGCAUUAAUCUUUGUUAACACUGCCAAUGUUAGCUCAAGUCCAUAAAUAGCAUUAACAGGUAUAAUCCUGCUCAGUCCUCACUGUAGGACAUUAAAAUAGUUUUUAAUCCACCUUAUUUUGCAACACAAAAGUUAGCUGUUUUCUUGGCAAAAGACUUCCAGUUCAUUAGCUAGUUGAUUUCACAGGUAAAAUAACUGGAAAUAGAUGACACCAGAACUUGCACGUUUAUAAUGCAAAUGGAUAAAGAAAUAGUUUUUGCUAAAUUGUCAACUGGAAAUUAUUUGAUUAAUGUUUUUCAAUAAGAAGGUCAAUUAUAAGGACCAGUAUUCUGCAUUGAAAUAUUAUACCUUUAGAUGAUCAACAAGCUAUAAUGCAAAUUCAUUUUCGAAACUGCUUUAUCUUUUCAGAAACUUGGUUCCUGGUAUUCCAUCUCUUUCUCAAAAACUGUAAAACUAUGCAAAGCUACAUAUAAAUUAUGUCAACAAAUUGAGAGCAUAUUCACUAAAAAAGGAAAAAAAAUGGUGACUGUAUUGUCUGUGUUCAUGAAUACAUGAGUACAUGAAUACAUAAACGGUCUACUGUGGACAUUGUGGAAUUCACAAAAUUCUGUUAAAAAAAUUAUUUUCACUGAACCUUUUAGUUUUCUGUAUGUCUAUAUGUUCCUGAGUUGCAUAGUGGAUUAUUAUUUUUCCUACAGAAAAUGUACUCUGAAAUGAUGAAUGAAUAUUUUAAACUACUGCAAAUAUCUAGGACACAGCAUGUAUGUACAGUACUUUAUCAUUUUGUUGUUUUCUCAAAUGGGACAUAUCAAAGAAAAGCAGGCGAAUGCACAAUAAAAAUUGUACUGUAGUUAGAUUAUAUUAAAAAAUGUAUUGUAUUCUAAAUGUACUACAGUUAACAGUUGUUUUUUUUUGCAGCAGACUGUUCUGACAUACCUCUAUAAAUAAUGGCCAUGAUAGACUGCCCUCAUGUUCAAUAUUUAUUAUUUGAAUUGUUUUCAAUUAGACCUAAUUAUAAUGUAUUAUUUGACCAUGUAGUACUGGAAGAAAUGUUACCAUAAAAUGAAAAACCCAGAAUGUAUCCGUAAAAGGAUUAUUCUGUGUUACUUUCAGAACAGAUACAAUGACAGCCACUUUAAUACAUAUAUGCACAGUUGACAAAAUACUGCAUGACAAAUUAACAAAACUUAUUAAAACAAGCUUAUUAUGCAUUUCAAAUAUAUUGCUGUCAUUGCUGAAUCUGAGAAUGUUGCAUGUUGCAUUAAAAUCUGCUGCCGGAACUCCAGUAGUACCCUAUAUUGCACUAGUAACUGAUUUUAAUACUUGGAUUAAUGAGACUCAGGGUUUAUUUUCAUUUGCACAAUGUGUGACACUUAAAUCGAUGAUAAGGAGCUAUUUAAUUUAAUUCUACAUUAUAUGCAACAUGGGCCUGCACACAUACGAAUUAAUAUAGAUUUCAUGUGGACACUCGUAUAUGGUUAUAGUGUAUAAUGAAUAAAGUUAUAAUAAAUGUUCACAAAUGAACUUGAGUGGUCAUACAAGUAGCAUUGCAGUAGCAAACUGGACAAAAAUGAUUACACAUUCAUGUAUUGUUUUAUACAUUUAAGAACUAUGACACUGAAUACCGUAUACAGAAGACGUAAUUGUUCUGUUGAGGGCUGUUUAUGCUUUUAUUGAUUAUCAAUCGAAACCAGACUUUUUAAUUGCAAACAUUUACAUUAAAUAUGUAAUGAUUAUAUAAAAUUAUUUUCCCCUCAUUUUACCACUUUUUGCAUGUUAACUGUUAUCCAAUUGUAAAUCUGCUUUGUUUAUAUGCAUGCAAAUAUAUUUAAUUAUGAGGGUUUCAAUAAAAAACCUUUUCCUUUA